ACUGUUACAAGUGCUUGUUGCUGAUUGCCAAUGCCAGUUCAUGCCAGUUUCGUCGAGUUCUGCAUAGUUCCACAUUAUUCUACAGUUCUACGUGGUUCUACGUGGUUCUACGUGCACCGCUACCGAAGAUGCUCUUUACAUACGUUUUUACGAAAAUUUGUACACGUUUUCGGUGUGAUCAUAACGGAAUGAAUAAUUACCGAUCGUUGUCGUUAAGUCGUUCAAUUCUUCUCGACAAGCAGAAGCAAACAGACAUGGAAACCAAACGAAAGGAAGUUAUGGCACGUGGUCUUCCAAAGCAGAAACCAUUGAAAGGCGUUAAGCAAAUCUUUGUUGUUGCAUCCGGAAAGGGAGGUGUCGGUAAAUCUACCACCGCUGUAAAUUUAUCGACUGCUUUGAAAAUUCUCGAGCCAAACAAGUCUAUCGGCUUACUCGAUGCCGAUGUAUUUGGUCCGUCGGUACCUCUGAUGAUGAAUAUAAGACAAUCCCCUGUAGUUAACAAAGCAAAUCUCAUGGAACCACUUGUAAAUUACGGAGUAAAAUGCAUGUCAAUGGGCUUUUUAAUUGAUGAAAAAUCUCCCGUAAUAUGGAGGGGAUUAAUGGUAAUGAGCGCAAUCGACAAAUUGUUACGCCAAGUAGCAUGGGAUCCUCUGGAUUAUCUUGUCGUAGAUACCCCACCUGGAACAGGAGACACGCAUCUGUCCAUAAUACAGAAUCUGCCAGUUUCCGGUGUGUUAUUGGUAACUACGCCACAAAAGGCUGCCGUGGAAGUAACUAGAAGAGGCGCAAGCAUGUUUAAAAAGCUGAAUAUUCCAAUUGCUGGAAUUGUAGAAAACAUGAGUAGCGUUACAUGCCCUAAAUGCAGUAACCAAAUAGCUCUUUACAACGGUGGAGUAAAAAUGAUGGCUGAAGAACUUGGUGUGCAAAUCUUACAAACGGUACCGCUGUCCGAGAAUAUAGCUGAAAGUUGCGAAGUUGGUAAACCGAUUGUGUUGUCUGCUCCGAAUAAUGUUCAAGCCAUUGCAUACAAAGAUUUAGCGAAACGCGUAAUUUCAUUCUUAGCUAACCAACCAGUACACGAAGAAUGA